ACUGCGUAUUCAACAAAAAGCAAAGGCUACCUCGUGGGAAGGGGAAACCUCAUAACAACACGAGGGGAGAAAGACAAUACCAAAAAUCGAGUUUUCACUCGUAUCGACGAGUCACCGGCGAACUUCCCAUUUUUAACAUCGUAUAAUCCAAGGAUAAGUCAUCAUCGUGUCAUGACUUUCAGCAACGCUGAACCCCAGCAUCUCCCAUUAAUCACUGAAAAAAGAAAAACCAAACAAAAACAAAUCCCAGGAAGUGAGUGAAUCGCUCUAGUGGAACAGCAGAACACAUCAUCGAUUAUUAUAUUUUUUUCCAUCACAGAACAACUUUCGUUGUUACGAAAUUACGUCUACUGUUUCACGGUCAUGAGCAAAAUAAGGAAGUGAAUCAUGUACCAACAAAAAAGGUAGCAAACAUAGAGCAUGCGAAUGAACCUCAAGAGACUGUUGGAGUGCUUGCAAUGUCAGUUCUGUUCACCUCAGUGGCCUUCACCAUAAUUGUCGAUCUGUGCUUUGUCCUUAACACAGCGUCAACAAUCAAGAGAAUGUGUACUUAUGGGAGAAUUCAUCACAAGAUGAAGUACAGCUUCAGAUUAUUCACACUAAUUUAUGUUGUCAUGAGCAUUGGGUGGCUCUCUGUACUCAUGUCUCAGAUUAGAUAUGACGAGAUUUAUUAUGCUCACUUAUUUUUUAAUAUCAUUCAAGCACUUUCCAUUCUCUAUAUUUGCGUCUUUGGGCAGAAAAGGGUGACUUUUUUGCUCAGCAAAACGUGCAAUUGCUGCACUAGCAGUCGUCAAACCCCCGAUGGACUCGAUUGGGGGGAGGAAAUGACAGCUAUCAAUGCUGGGUAUUGAAUUUUCAAAUGCAUUUUUUUGUCACUCGAUGAAAAACCAACAGGUGCUCCUUGUCAGAACCAAACAAAUCCUCGAAGAAAUUUAUUUUUCUGCAGUGAAACCCUUUUACAGUUUUGUAGGUCAGGGCUUUUGAGUUUUUGACACGGACUUCUUGGGCAUUUCACCCUGAUUUUAGGAUUUAGAUUUUGCAGGUCGAAAUUUUAAUAUCGGUAUUGAAAAAUAUUAAAAAAUCUGAAGAAGGAGUAAUUCGUGAAUAACAAAGGGUUGAAGUAAUAUUAAUUUUUUAAUUCGAAAUUCGUAAAUAUGAAUAUAUAUAGAAUAUUAAUAUAAGAAUAACGAGAUUAUUUUGAGAACCUGUUCGAUUUCCUCGCGAUUAAUGUCCAAUUAAUUAUUUCUGAAGAAUUUUCAUGCUUAAUUCACAGGUAAUUUUGUAAAUACUUUUGGAAGGGUUCGGACAGUCGAGUACUUGCAAACGAAUUUUCGCAUCAACUGAUUUUACAAGUUCACUCCUUAGAGGAUUGCGUGCAAUUUAUGAAUCUUGUUUUUCGUUGUGCCAUUCUGCACAUCUAUUCCCAUAAAUUUAAUGUUUCAUCGUUCACACUGAGAGAAAAUCGUGUAUUUCUCUAAUUCUCGAUGUUCGACAGACUGUGGCCUUAAGCAAUGUGACUUCUUUGUAGAUUUUAAUACACGCCGACUCACAUAUCACGAGAGAAAGACGAGCAAAUUAUUUUUUAAUAUUAUACUCAUAGGUGUAUGAAAGAUUUUAAUAGCACAAUUUUUGUACGAGAGCAAUAAACUCUGAAUGACCCAAUAAUAAAGUAUUCCCGAAAUUAA